GUUGACUAUGGGUGCAAGUGUAAAGUUAUUCCAAUUUUUAAAAGAUAGCUUUGGCAUGUCUCACCUUGACAGAUUUUCACAACAAAAGCAAUGUGUGUUCGCUGGUCAAAAAGUUGAUUUAUUACGCCCCCGAUGGUCCAAAUGGCACUGUUAAGGACGUCAACAUGAGAACGACGUACAGUAAGGUUUCCCGUUCUGUGAGGACGGUUCCACGUGAGUAAAGCGGGAGCUUGGAGGUUAUAAAGGAAUGUCGGCGAGGGGGAGGGGGAAACAAAAACUUCCAGAAUACAAAUGAUCCCGAUGCACCACACAUCCAAUAUCGAUCACGCACUAUACUGGGGAGGGGAGGAACGAACAGAAACAGUGAGUUAGCUGCCUAACAUCAUUUAUGGUUCAUCCCACUGAUAAACAACGAAUGGAGCUUAACAACAGUUACGAAUCUGCACCAACAUUCAAUCAGACUCAAUUCCAUGUUGGAGGGUCUUCCGACACGCUGCCAGUCCUACCAGCAUCUGCUACCAACGAACCUAGAAGAGGGGCAGCUCGCGGAGGACGACAUAUCAGUGCCAGGGGGCGACAGAGAAAUGCCAAUCGCAUGAAGCAAACGCGAGAGCUAAUCAGCAGAGAGAAGGAUAAGGUUAAAAGCCUUCUUCCCUGUCGCAAAGGUGGCAAACCCUGCGGCGGUGAACUUCGUGUCUGGACUGAAAGUAAGGGUUUUUUUACUACACAUCCAUAUUUCUUAUAAAGAUGACUGACAAACCAACGUUUUUCCAGCGGCCGAAUACAUAGAAUAUCUCGAAGCCGAAAAUUACAGGCUGAAGAGGAAGUUGGGAAACAGCCCAUCAGCACCGGUUUCACCCAGCGAUGAUUUUGGGGCUAUGGUCGCCAAUCAGCCCAUCUGGGAUAAUUUCACCUCUGCCGGUCUACCAAAGACACCUGCUCUGCACUGGAAGGAGACUACUCCCUACGAAAGAGGACCAGAGUCAAUUGACCUCGCUGGGCCAUCAAACUCGAGGGCAGGAAGUAGCAAUGUAAAUGCAGGGGCAGCUACAGUGAUGCCUGCCCAGGAUACGGAUCUGGGUUCAAACUCCCCACCUGAUCCUGUCUGGGACAUGGAGGUGCUGCUGACUGAGAGCGAAAACUACUUGGCACAGUGGAAUGCAAUGCUCGAGCAGAGCUUGUAGGCAGGUGUCCACAACCCCAAAAACUCAACCACGGAGUCGGCUUCACAGGAGCUCAAUAACAGACCCAUGGCUCGACCUAGGGGUUGAGGAUUUUUAGUGUUGCGGACAGCGGAAUGCAAGACUGUCUCGUCGCAUUUGAUUACC